GGCCUGGGAACUUCACCUACCCUGCUCUCUGCUUUCCUUCUCUCCACAUCCCUCUCUGUGCUUAUAGCUUCCAUGGCCCCCAAAAAGCCAGACCCCAAGAAGGACGAUGCCAAAGCUGCCAAGGCGGCUCCUGCACCAGCACCAGCGCCCGCACCUCCGCCGGAGCCCGAGCGCCCCAAGGAAGUAGAGUUCGAUGCCUCCAAAAUCAAGAUCGAGUUUACACCGGAGCAGAUUGAAGAGUUCAAGGAAGCCUUCAUGCUGUUUGACCGCACACCCAAAUGUGAGAUGAAGAUCACGUACGGGCAGUGCGGAGAUGUCCUGCGGGCGCUGGGCCAGAACCCUACGCAGGCCGAGGUGCUCCGGGUCCUAGGGAGACCGAAGCAGGAAGAGCUUAACACCAAGAUGAUGGACUUUGACACCUUCCUGCCCAUGCUCCAGCACAUUGCCAAGAACAAGGACACAGGCACCUAUGAGGACUUUGUGGAGGGGCUGCGGGUCUUCGACAAAGAGGGCAAUGGCACUGUCAUGGGUGCCGAGCUCCGCCACGUGCUGGCCACUCUAGGUGAGAGGCUGACGGAAGAUGAGGUGGAGAAACUGAUGGCGGGGCAGGAAGACUCCAAUGGCUGCAUCAACUAUGAAGCCUUCGUGAAGCACAUCAUGGCCAGCUGAGCCUUCUGUCCCAGGGAGCCUGGGAGGCCACACCAGGACCGCUCAUCCUCCUCUCCGCGCUGACACCAGGGGCCUGGAGUUGCGGGGAGCAGGGAGCACAUCGGGGCUCCUGCACCAGCUCCCUCUGCACGGCCCUGCAGACCUCCACCUGCCUGUCAUCUCCCUGUGCAACUCUGUUCUCACCCCAGGGGCCUCAGGAAUAAACGGCUUCUUCCUUCCUUUCUUCCUCA